CCACAAAGACCGCUCCUGUCACCAUGAAGAUGGAUCCGAAAGGUUUUUAUGUCUACUGGGUCAACCAAAGCAAGGAGACAAUAUUCCUGGAUGUUGCUACUGUCCGAGAUACCAGAACAGGAAAAUAUGCAAAACUUCCCAAACACACCAAGGUCCGUAACGUGUUCAACAUGGACUUCCCGGACAGCAACCAUCUCGCUAAAACUCUGACCAUCGUCUCAGGUCCCGACACCGUGAAUCUGACCUAUCAUAACUUCUUUGCCUCUAAGGAGAAAGUGACCCAGAACUGGGCAAAUGACAUACUUGCGAUCGCCUACAACACAGCAAGAAACAAUGCGUGCAGACAAGUCUUCCUGGACAAAAUAUUCAUCCGCAUUUCUCUUCACACCAACAAGGACGGCAAGAUCCCAGUGAAAAAUAUUUACAAGAUGUUCCCUGCGGAUAAGAAGAGGGUGGAAAGUGCCUUAGCAUCAGCACACCUCCCUAAAGGAAAGCAUGAUACCAUGAAGCCUGACGUCUUUACCGACUCUGCCUUCAAGGCCUUUCUGAAAAACCUCUGCCCUCGGCCUGAGAUCUAUGAGAUCUUCACUUGUUACUCCAAAAAACCCACCAUGACGAAGGAGAAUUUCACCAAGUUCCUCAACGAGAAACAGAGGGACUCCCGGCUCAACGAGGAGCUGUUUCCACGUCUGCGGCAGGACCAGAUCAAGGUUCUGAUGGAGAAAUAUGAACCCUGCGCCUCUAAUUCAAACAGAAGUCUGAUUUCUCCAGAGGGUCUCUUAUUCUUCCUGAUGGGGCCGGAAACAUCAGUUGUCAUGCAGGACAAGCUGGCCAAGUGUCAGGACAUGGCCCAACCCAUACCUCAUUACUUUGUCAAGUCCUCCCACAACACGUACCUCACAGCUGGUCAGUUCUCUGGCGUGUCCUCUCCAGAGAUGUACCGUCAGUGUCUGCUGUCGGGCUGCCGCUGUCUGGAGCUGGACUGCUGGAAGGGCAAACCUCCAGAUGAAGAGCCCAUCAUUACCCACGGCUUCACCAUGACAACCGAGAUCCUCUUCAAGGAUGUGAUUGAGGCCAUCGCUGAGAGCGCCUUCAAGACCUCACAGUAUCCCAUUAUCCUCUCAUUCGAAAACCACGUUGACUCAGUGAAACAGCAGGAGAAGAUGGCCAACUACUGCAAAACCAUAUUUGGUGAUGCCCUGCUAACAGAUCCACUGGACAAAUACCCCCUGAAGCCGGGCCAGCAGAUCCCCAGCCCAUCUGAGCUCAUGGGUAAGGUCCUAAUCAAAAACAAGAAGGGCAGCCAUGAAAAGCCAACCCAGACUAAGAAAACCAGCACAGCAGUCACUGACCAGACUACAACCACAGCUGCCCCCACCCAGGACCCAAACACCACUCCUCAGGAUCCUGCACCCACCACCCAGGAGAACCAAGAGGGGGACGCAGCUGUGGAGGACACUGAGGAACAAGAGGAGACAGAUGAACAGGACGAGGAGAAAAUGAAGACGUCAGAUGAGGGCACAGCUGGACAAGAAGUCACAGCCUAUGAGGCGAUGUCAUCCCUGGUCAACUACAUCCAGCCCAACAAAUUCAUCUCUUUUGACAGUGCUAGAAAGAAAGACAAGAGUUACAUCAUCUCAUCUUUAGUGGAGACCAGAGGGGAGGCGAUGAUUUCCAAGACUGCUGUCGAAUUUGUGGAAUACAAUAAGAGGCAGAUGAGCAGGAUUUACCCCAAAGGAACAAGAAUGGACUCAUCCAAUUACAGCCCGCAGCCUUUUUGGAAUGUAGGCUGCCAGAUGGUGGCGCUCAACUACCAGACGAUGGAUUUCCCCAUGCAGCUGAACAUGGCUCUGUUCGAAUUCAACGGCAGAACGGGCUACCUGCUCAAACACGAUGUUCUGCGUCGCAGUGACAAGAAGUUUGACCCUUUCUGUGACAGGAUUGACACGGUUGUGGCGAGCACACUGACCAUAAAGAUCUAUUCGGGAGAGUUUCUGUCUGACAAGAACGUGAAAACGGGAGUGGAGGUGGAGGUGAUUGGGCUGCCGGGAGACCCCAAAAAGAAAUAUCGCACCAAGUGGUCCACAACACCCAACGCCAUCAACCCACUGUGGAAUGAGGAGCCUUUUGUUUUUGAGAAGAUCCUGCUCCCAGAAAUGGCCUCUCUAAGAAUUGUAGUCCAUGAGGAGAACGGUAAAUUCUUGGGACACAGGAUCAUCCCGCUGGAUGCUAUCCAAUCAGGUUUCCAUCACAUCUGCCUGCGCAGUGAGAGCAACAUGCCGCUCACUCUGCCUGCUCUCUUUGUGUACAUCGAGGUCAAGGACUACAUCCCUGCUGCCUUCGCAGAUUUCACAGAUGCCUUAUUUAACCCAACAAAGGGAACAGAGAAGACCACAAAGGCCCCAAAGGAGUCAUCCUCCAACUACAUUUCUCCCUAUGAGUUGCCUCCUGCGGUCCAAACCCCCACGGACAAAGCUAAGGAAAAUGAGGCCCCGGCUGCAGAAAAUGCAGCACCUGAACCUACACCACCAGUAGAUGCCAAUGACGAAUCAUCCCAGUCUCCCCCAGAGGCAGAAGCAGAACCAGCUAAAGAAGAGUCUGAGAACCAGGUGGACACUCCACAACCUGCUGCAGAACCUCCUCAAACUCCUGACAACACUCCUGCUGAAGAACCAGCCCUGGACGCAGGAACCCUUCCUGAAGCGGCUCCUUCCCCUGAGGUGGAAGCAGAGCCAGAGCCAGAGGCAGCUCCUGAGGAGGAAGCAGAGCCAGAGCCAGAGGCAGCUCCUGAGGAGGAAGCAGAGCCAGAGCCAGAGGCAGCUCCUGAGGAGGAAGCAGGUCCAGUACCAGAGGCAGCUCCUGAAAACACAAAGGAGCAGCCUAACGACUCCAGUGCAAACCCUGAGCCUGCUUCAGACGACAAACCGGACACAGAAGCUGCUACCACUGCUGAAGAGCCUGCUGCUGUGGCCUUGCCCUCUGCAGCAAGUGCAGCGCCCGAGUCUGCAGGAUCAGGUGACUCAUCUUCGCCGCCGGCAUGCAGCGAAGUGCCUUCGACUGUGACUACUGAAGAACUGACACAGCACAAGAACUAUCUGAAGGUCAUCAAGCGCCAGGAGAGAGACAUGAAAGAGGCAGAAAAGAAGUAUCAGAAAAAAGGAGAGGAUCAGAUUCAGAAAUACUCUGACUCCUUCAAGACCAUCAAGAAGAAGGUCUCUUUGAAGAAAAAAGAGGGAGGGGGAAGCACCUCUGACUCCAGCGUGGUGACGGAGCGGGUGCAGGAGCAGAAGGACAAGAUGCAGGUUGAGCUGCAAGCUCUGUGGAGGGAGCAGUAUGAUCAGCUGAAGAAGAAGAAAGAGCAGUGUGCUACAGAGAGACUGGCCAAACUGUUGGAGAUGGCCACAGAGAGACACACCAUUGAACUGAAGACCCUGGAGAGUGAAGCCAAAGAGAAUAAGAGGAAACCGCUCUUGAAAUGUUCUUCCUCAGAGAAAGCAAAGCUGAAAAAGACAAUGAGCAUGGACGUGUUGGAUGAGCCUAGUCAGUCUGAUUGUGCAUCUUCAGAUUACAGCCCGCAGCAAACGGAUCUGAUAAAGAAACAAACGGCUACACUGGAGGAAAUCAAGAACCUGACUAAUCAGCUCAAUCAGGAAGCCCUGAAGGAGCACGAUCAGAAAUUGAGGUCUCUGCCAGGCGAGGCGAAGGAGGCUGUCAAUGUCUGUGUGGGAGUCCACUUUCCCGAGCUGGUUGACCAGGCAGGAAACAAGAAGGCGGAGGGAGUGGGCUUCUAUGGAGAUGUCUUCCUGGGUUAGAUGUGCCUGUUGAUCCCUGACCCUUCAGUGUGACCUUCUCCUAACCUUUUAGAAACCUUACAUAACCUGCAGUCCGAUCUUAACUGUGGAAGAGUAGAAGAUUAAAGUAGCUCUGUGUGAAAUUUCAAUUUAGAGGUGCUAUUCACAGAGAGAGCUCUUUUGGGAGUCAUUAAGCCGUAAUGAUGUUUUCGUGGAUGUCCUGUAGACCAAAAGUUUGAUCAAUUGGAAAUGAUUUUCACUUUUCUUUUUCGAUCUUUAUUUCUGUUGCUUUUCAACAAUAAGAAACACAGCGACAGAUAUCUUCCAGAUGAAGGUGCAUCAAUAAAAGCUUCAUUUUGGUACACACGGUCUCCUUUCUGUUCUCUUAAUGAGUUCGUAUAUAGGAAUAAAUGUACCGAGAAAUAUGUAGCGGCAAAAAUGGGUUAUCAGAGUCUGCAGGCUGAAUGGAGACAAUGACUGUCUGUCACACUUCAGGACAUUGUGUGUGAUACUCCAUGGAGCCACAGCAAUGCAUUCACUCUGUGUUGCAGUUGUAAAGAAGGUUUUGCAGAAAAAAUAGCUACAUUGACUCAAGAUAAAUAGUUAUUAAUAAACUGUACUGUGCACCAUA